AUGUUGCGGAUCUGGAAUUUAAGGGAAGAGGAAGAGGAAGAGGAAGAGGAAGAGGAAGAGGAGGAGGAAGAGGAGGAGGAGGAGGAGGAGGAGGAGGAGGAGGAGGAGGAGGAGGAGGAGGAGGAGGAGGAGGAAGAGGAAGAGGAAGAGGAGGAGGAAGAGGAGGAGGAGGAGGAGGAGGAGGAGGAGGAGGAGGAGGAGGAGGAGGAGGAGGAGGAGGAGGAGGAGGAGGAGGAGGAGGAGGAGGAGGAGGAGGAGGAGGAGGAGGAGGAGGAGGAGAAGAAGAAGAAGAAGAAGAAGAAGAAGAAGAAGAAGAAGAAGAAGAAGAAGAAGAAGAAGAAGAAGAAGAAGAAGAAGAAGAAGAAGAAGAAGAAGAAGAAGAAGAAGAAGAAGAAGAAGAAGAAGAAGAAGAAGAAGAAGAAGAAGAAGAAGAAGAAGAAGAAGAAGAAGAAGAAGAAGAAGACGAAGAAGAAGAAGAAGAAGAAGAAGAAGAAGAAGAAGAAGAAGAAGAAGAAGAAGAAGAAGAAGAAGAAGAAGAAGAAGAAGAAGAAGAAGAAGGGAGCAGCAAGGGGGGGAAUGGGAGGGGGCAGCCUGCAUCUGAUUUCUGAAGCGCACACUUUCUCUGAGAAGAAAGAACCCCCACCAAUUCCCUCAGCCCUCACCUUCUCUGUGCUCUCGACCCCCAUUCCCUCACCCCCUUACCUUCUCCAUUCCCUCCCGCUAACGCUCUUUCCCAUCCUCCCACGCGCUCGCAGCCAGUGUGCAGCUCGCAGCCAGUGUGCAGCUCGCAGCCAGUGUGCGUGCAGCUGA